CCCCAAAACACUAAAAAUAAUAAUUUUAAAAUUAUCCAAAAUGAGCCUAAUCCCGAGCCCUGUUCAAAAUCCUAGAGAAACACAGGAAGAAGACCUUGACGAUUACAUUGAAGAUUUUGAAUCACUUGAAGAAGCCAAAGAGCCUACCAGAGCUAGCAUCGCAGUAGAAAGAACCCAAGACCAAGAUGAAGAAGAGAAGAAGGAGGAAGCUAAACAUAGAAGCAGGAUCUCGCUCAGAGCUAACCUCAGUGAUAGGAGAUAUUCCUCUACAAGCGACGAGUUGGAAAAUAUCGGAAGGAAUGCUAAUAGGAGCAAUAAUCUCAAUUCUAAUAGACCGAUGAUGAGGCACCGGAUUCGCGGAAACUCAUCACCCAGAAGAAGCCCAAGGAUUUCAGGUGGUAGAAGACCCCAAAGACUAGAGUAUUCGAACCCCAGGUUUAGACCAUCGCAUAAUAUGAGAGCUGGAUUGAAUAAUCCUUUCGAUAGACAUCUUGAGGAAAGGAAGUACCCGAUCCCUUCCAAUAAUUAUCGGGAUCGGAUGAGGUCUAACUUGGAUAAUAUUCCUCUGGACAAUUAUCUCGACAGGAAUAGUGCUUUUAUUCAGAUCCCAAAUAGAAAUAGAAACCAGAGAAUGUCUCCUCAAGAAAUCGAUGCUUAUAUGAGAAGAAUGGAGGAUGUUGAACAGGAUUCUGAGCUAGCAAUUUUCAACUGCAAUAUCUGCUUUAACAGGCAAUGUAUGGAAUAUCAAAUCUGUAGACAUUGAUCUGGCCAAGCGUGCAAGACAUGCUGGGAUGGAAUCAUGCUAAGAAACAGUAGAUGACCAUUCUGCAGAACAUUUGUAUCGACAUCUGAUCUGAUCAAGAACAGGUUUGCUGAUGAAGUAAAGGAAAUGCUUGCAAACCCUAGAAGAAAAAAAGAGAGUUCAACUUAUCAGUGUCCUGUACACAAGAAGAAAGGCUCUCAGUUCUGUGAAACUUGCUCUUACUUCAUCUGUAUCGACUGCAUAAAGGAGGGAACACAUAACGGCCAUGACCUUUGAGACAUAGAUGAUAAGCCAGAAUUGAAGGAGAAAAUUGAGAAGAUAGGAAAAUUUCAUAAAGAAGUUGAAGAUACCUCCAAAAUAUUCAAAGAUAUUGAUAAGGAGUUCACUGACUACUACAACAUCAAGGUAGAAGAUAUGGAUUGGAUGGCAAAGAGACUCAAAACUAAGAUCAAUAAUACAAUUGACAGUGUAUUCUCGAAGGAGAAGCAAGAGUUUGAACAAGCCCAAAAUAAGUUCUCAGAAUUUAAGAAGGAUCUUGACAAAUUAGGCCAGGCACAGACAGAUGUAUUCACUAUUGACCAUAGGAAGUCAGAAGUGGAUACACUUCGUGAAAACUUCAAGAAAGCUCUGAUUACAAGUGAGGCUGGUGAGAUAGUAAACAUCAUUGCUAACCAUGAUACCCCUGUUCGCAAAAAUGAGGUGACUGUCAAGUAUGAGAUGACUGAAAUCCCUGCUACGAGAGGAGCCUAUAAAGAGAAGUACUUGAAAUCCCUCCUAAGUGAGAUAAAAAAGAUCAAAGAAAUCUAACAUCAUUGUUCAAUGAAAAUGAUAUUAUUA